UGCAGGGCGGGAAGGGAAGUCGUGGCGGAGGCGGCAGUGGGGACAGCAGUGGCUGCUGCAGCGGCGGCGGCAGGGACAGCAGUAGUGGUGGUGCUGUCAAGCUGUUGGAGAAAUGGGAGACCCAGGGUCGGAGAUAAUAGAAUCUGCCCCUCCAGCUGGGCCUGAGGCAUCUGAAUCAACAACGGAUGAAAACGAAGAUGACAUUCAGUUUGUUAGUGAAGGACCAUUAAGACCUGUUCUUGAAUACAUUGAUCUGGUCAGCAGCGAUGAUGAAGAACCUAGCACCUCUCAUAGUGAUAGAAUGCCUGAAUCUAAGGUGCCAUCCUCUGAGAAUCAUCGCCCAGAAAUGUGCUCUAGCUGCAAUGUUCUUCUUCCCAUUGGAGACAGCAGCUCCUCCUCUGGGAGUUGUGCCAACAGUCCACAAAAGACAGUUUCUCAACCUUCUGCUGUUGAGAACCCAUUGGAGAAACAGAAAAAUGAUCAAAAUCAUUCAGAUAUUAAGAUCUCUGAGACAGAGGCACUUAAAUCAUCACAAAAUUAUCAGACUCUGCCUUCAUCUCCACCUCUGGUCUCCCAAGAGUCUUUGGCCUCUUCUGAGGACAAAGAAGAUUUACCUUUAGAAUCUUCUUCAGCUUCACAACAUGGACAGGAUGCCAUCCUCUAUCUCCAGACACAAGUAGCUGAGAUGUCCAGAGUGAUACGUGAUCUGCAGUCCCGGAGCUGUUUUAGAUUUCAUCAUUCUAGGCCAAGUGAGAAUUCCUCAGUUCCUUGGGACAUCUCCACCUCUAAGGAAGAAAAUUUAUCCACAGUUGAAGAAGAAACUGAUUGCAAAUCCCCAUCAGCAGAUGACAAAGGGCAGCCAACUGACCCCACCCAAUCCAGUUUCACAGGUCUUCUGAAGAGAAUGGAACAAAGAGGUGUUAUAAAGAGGGUAACCUUACAAUCUGAAGCAGAAUCCUGUGAAGGGAAACCUGAUUGUGUGACCUCUAAAAAACGCUUGGUUCCUCCCUUGCAUCCUCUUUUGAGAAUUGCCACCACUGAAGUUUUUAAGGACCCUGCUGAUUGCCAUCCUUCUUCCUUCAUGGGACACAGGGUGUAUCCUGUGGCCAAGGAUACCUCUCCUUUCCAACCAAAUCCACCAGCUGAGGGCCCCAUUGUAGAAGCACUGGAGCACAGCAAAAGAGGAAAUACAACAUCUCCUCUAGAUUCUACCUCAAAAGAAAUGGAGAUCAUGGGUUGUAGGUUCUACCAUGCUGCCUCCAUUGCAGCUCGAGCUGCUAGCUACAUGGCCUAUAUGACUCAGUAUCAGCGUAAACUCUGGGAAGACAUGGAGGAUCUGGUUCAUGAUCCUGAGUUUGAUCGUGGAAAAGCAAGGUGUAUAAUAUCUGAUGGUAUGGACGCAGGUCUUUGGCAACUUUGUACUACUAGGGACAUAAUGGAUUCUGUAGUUAGAGUUAUGGCCAUGGCAAUUGAUUACAGGAGGCAAGCCUGGCUCCGACUUACAUCUCUCACUAAGAAAACCCAGGAAAAGAUCUCACACUUACCCUUUGAUGGUACUUCCCUUUUUGGACAAGAUGUGAAUGCUGUUGUUGCAGAAGAAAACAGUAUUAAAGAAAAUGACUAUAGGGAUCACAGUAAAUACUACAACCAGCAUCGAUACUUUUAUAGUCAUGAUCAGAAAGCACAUUAUCACAAUAGAGGAUACUCCAAAGGAGAUUGGUACAAACCUCGAAACCACCCCUAUAGAUACAGAAAAAAGGGAGAAUCUCCAGAACGCCAUGGGUACAAGAAUUAAUAACCUGUUCAUGUUCAGCAGAAUACUCAUCCAAGAUUCUAACUAUCUCACUUGCCCCACCCCCAACUCAAAACGGGAUCUACAGGUAGGAGGUCAUUGCAAAAUGGAAUUCGUGUCUGGAAUGAUGACAGCUAAUGUUUGAAUUUUUGACUUUUGGAAUGAGUAUAUGAUAAAGACUGAUUUUAUUGGCCAAGUUAGCAGUGGAGACUUUCCUGUAAAGAGGGUUGGACAAGGUUUAUCCAUUAUUUCUGGUCCAAAAUAUGUCCAGAGGAGGGCACUCAGGAAUCUGAAUCCUCUUGUGAUUAAAAGAAAAUGUAUAGAUUUGUUCCUCAGGAAAAUCUUGUUGGUGAGAACUAGCAGAUUUUGGAUAUGGAAACAAUCUACUUACUAUUAGAUCUCUGUUUACUAAGACCAGAGGUAAAUCCUUCAUUUUUAGGUCAUCUGUGCUUCCUUGUUCAGGCUUCAGCUUGGUAGAUCUUCAUGAAAUGUCAAAUUUGUUACAGUCUCUGGGUCAAGAUUAUCACCUCACCAAGAAUUUAUACUCCUAUCAAGCUCUAUGAGACUUCAGAACUGGCCACCAAGCUAUGUGCCAACUGGAAUUCAAAUAAAAUUUUGCUGAAUCCUGUUUGCUUCCAGUUGGAAUGGCUAGAUGUCACAGCUGGGAAGAGACUUUCCUACUUGUAAUAUCACUGUAGAAAUUUUCACAGUAACUUUUCAUCGACACUGAUGGCCAUCAUACCAUCACCAUUCAUUCAUAAAGCUACAUGUGAGACAGUUCUUUGUUGUCAUCAAUCCUAGUAGUCUUUGACCUAUCAAGCUCUUAUGUCAACAAGCUGUGAGACUCAGUCAUAGAGGUCUUUCUAUAAUCUGGGCCUUUCACUAAGGAUGACCUUCUUAAACCUGUCUUCUAAAAAGUUAAUUCCUUUGAAUUUGAUAAUGUGUCACACAUUAAAUGCAGUAAAGACAUGCACAUCAGUGCCCUGGAAAUAAAGGAUAUUUAUUAUUUUCAUAAUCAAGGCAUGCAAGUCUGAACUCUCUUAAGAGUAAAAAUUCUAAACAUGCCUGACAAUCUGGUCCCCUUAUCAAAAUGAAGAGAUACCAUCAAUCUUGAUUUUGUUGAGAAAUCCUCAAGGUUUAAAGUGUCUCUAUCUUGAAGAGAACAAGCUGCAUAGCUCUGUUUUUGGAUAUUUAAAUGAUAAUAUCUGCUAAUGAUUUCUUGAAAGACUGAAAUUGAGACAGAGAUGUGUCUUGGUUUAUUGGUCACCUAGUCUAGACUCACUAUAAGAGAUGACUUGUGUUUUUGCUCCCAAUAAUAAUUUUCCACUCUACUGGAACUGACAGCAGAUACCUCAAUUAUAUGUUCCACAGUAUCUUCUCUUCAAUCUCAAGGCAAUGGCUGUAUCGUAUACCAGCCUUUAGAUCUUUUGUCUUCACAGAGUGACUUUGGGAAUGGAGUAAAUAUAAGUUUGAGGGGUCUGAAUACAUUACCACCUAGUGUUAAUUUGCUUGGAAGCCAAAAAAAAAAAAAAAAAAAAAAAAAAAUUUCCAGGGGUUGGGGGUACAAACUACAAUCUGUAAUUUCUUGGUUUGUUAAACAUAUGUGUUUUUUUAUCUGCUUGACCAAGGUGUUUUGGAUACUGUUAAUGGAAUUUAGCACUAUUUUACGAGUUUAUGUGGUUUCUCUUUCUUCAUGCCAUAGAUCCUGCACAGUAGUGAUUGGCAUUUUGUGAUGUCCCACUUUUUAAUAGUUUAUUAUUGGAAGUUCAUUCUUCUUCCUCAUCAUAAUCAUAUUUAGCACUCUUGUUUUAUCUGCCUUUCUUCCUCUUAGUGUUUGUGUCAUAGAGGUUAAAGGCAUAAAUUUCCCUACUAGGAAGAAGUUAAUUUGUCAGAUAAUUUUAGGAUACUGUAUUGGUCCUGUUUGUCCCUUUUGUAGAUUAAACCUAAACUAGUCUUGAUACAGAUUUAGCAAAUUUAGCCAAGUUGUAUCUAGAAUCAAUAUUUACCUUUUCUGUAUUUUUCAAAGUUUACAUCCACUUCUUUAAAUCCAUGCUAAUGCUCAGUUUGAAACUGUCUGUCAAAUUGAACUCUAGAAGAACAUUGAUUACUGAAAAGAAAUAAGGGCCAAGAAAUCAGACACAGAUUUUUGUAGCUAUAUAGAGUGUGUUGUACCAGUGAAGAAGUCUUGUGUCCUUGACACUGACAUUGUAGUUUUCUUUGGUGAAAGAACUAACCACUGGGAUGUCAUUGGAGACAGAGACCUUAAAAGAUUUUAUGUGGCUGCACAAAGUGUUCCUGACUGUUUAAGCCUACUUCACACUAUUCUGUUCCUACUUUUCCCUUUUUCCCUGAAUUAGAUGGUAUGUCACAAACUUGAUGAUUUUUGAGAUACCCAUACUUUCCAAAAACUAAACCAAAAUAAAUGAUACUUGCAGAUGCGAUUCUCUGAAACUGCUUUGGCUUUUCAAUUUUACAUGCUUCUACUUUUUCUUCCCCUUUUAAACAGUGAUUAAGGAGAAAAAUAUGUAUAUAUACACACACAAAUAUAUAUAACCUAGCACCUUAACCAUUUUUUAAGUUAACUAUAUUCACGUUGUUGUACAGCUCUUCCUUUCUUAAAUAUUUUUAAAACACAUAGGCAACAUCGCUAUUAUGUUCCUUUUGUGAUAUUUAUGUUGCUCAAUAAUAAAGUGAAAAUAACAUUACUUAACCACUUCAAUUGAUAAGCUCAAGUGUUUCCAGAGAAUUGAAUAUUUUGAAAGUGAAAAGGUAUUGGGAAUCAUCAAAUGGGUGACUAAAUAGGAAACUUAAUGAAGGUAUCAGACAGUUGAAUGGGGAUGAGGACAGAAUGCAGGAGGAUGGGCAUAGCUUUUAGUUCUAGAUUUGUUUCUUGACUGUAGAAGAAACAAUAUCCCAGUGUCCUUAGCCCAUUUAUCUUUUUUAAAAAAUUCUUUUUAAAAAAUCUCUGGCAUACUUGAAUGAUGAUGGUGUUAUAAAACUAAAAGUGGGUACUUUGUCAGGAAGACAACCCCAAUAGAAUAUAGAGUUCAUAAUUAGGUAGUAUUCAUAUUGUGCCUGCCGUGUGCAGAGCCUGGGACAGAAUUCUCUAUUAGCUUAACAUCUGAUUUGAAAUGCCUCUAGUUUUUUUUCAGGAGGCCUUGAAAUAGUUGCAAGUUUAAUGAUUUGGUAUUCUCAAAAUGGAUGUGUCUAAUGAUCCUUUUUCUUCAAAAUGUUAUUCUUGACUAGACAUAAAAUGUAUAUGGAGACAAUAUGAUUUCUUAUAGUUACUGUGUAUAGAGAAAUACUAUUUCCAUUAAUUGUUAUAUGAAGUGCCUUUUUAAAUUUCACAUUUAUGUUUAAAAGUUAAAUUUUGAAGUCUUACAUAUAUUGCUGGUGAUAUUUAUGUGAAUUUUGUAUGGUGAUUUAAUUUUUUGGUUUAUUAUCUGUAAAAUUGCACUAUCUAAAUGUACUCUCCUUCUGACUGGUUGUUUUCUCUUAGCACUGUUGAUUAAUUUCAGAAGGUUGUGGAGUAUACUUCCCUCCCCCUUAUUUAAUUAACGUCACAGAAGUUAUUUUUUAGUUUUUAGUGAUUUGCCCAGUUUUCUAGGCAUUAAGGCAGCUUUGUUUUCUCUCUUUGUGUUCUGGAUUUUCUGAUUGAAUCAUUUGUCUCCUAUCUAACCUUGUUAGCCAUGGUAACACAGCUUAUAUGUGAUAAGUGAAUGUUCACUUGGUUAGAAAAAGCAAGGAUAUUUUUUAAAAAGCAGUAAAUUUGCCAACACUUUACACACACACAACAUAUAUACAUACAUACAUAUAUAUAUAUAUUUUAGAUGUAUGACAGCUUCCUUAUCAGUGUAAUUACAUUAUAUUUAAAUUUUUUUUAAAUGGAGUGGCAGCUUCUUUAUCAGUAUAAUUCAUUUAUUUACUUAGCCCUCAAAAUGUCUUUUUGAGGGAAACAAACUCUUUCAGGCUACUUGGAUACUGUAGAGUACUCUAUAUUAGGACUACAUUAAUAAUUUAUAUUGGACAACACUAAUAAUUUACUGAAGUGUACCUAAGUGACCUGAUUGAUAAUGUCUUUAAAGGGCCUGACACAUCCAGGAUAACCUCUCAGGUAUUGUAAACAGUGAGGUUGAAAAAGACAAACUUCAGAAUCCCUUCUAAAUGUAAAGUUGGGUACUGAUAUGGAUGAUUAUAGGGUUAAAUGACAAGUUUAUUAUUCUUUAAGAUAUAAUUAAUUGGGAUUCUGAUGAAGGUUUGAAAUUACAGAUUAGAUAUUUUUAGAAGAUUGCAAUAACUGAAAACUUUUUUUUUAAAUGCAAGGCAUAUUUUGCCCCAGUUUUUGCACUGUUUUGUGUUCCAUUAUCUUUUGAAAUUUACUUUUAUGUACUUAAUGUUAGUAGCUAUUGUUGUCACAUAUGCAUGUCAUUUAUUUGGCCAAAUCUAUUCUAUAUGGUGUUUAGUACAUACACAAACCAACCAGUUCUUUUCUAGUUAAGAAAAUAUACAGAUGGAAGUUAUCAGUAAACUGAUGACGAUUACUAUACUGAAUGCAAAUCUUGCAGUUAUUUUUUUCCAAUUACAGUAAGCUAUGUAAACCAUUAAAAUAUGUCCCUUCCUGUAUGGAUGAUGAUAACAUUGUUUUAUUAAAUCUUUUUUUCUUAUUAGUGAGAUAAUGUUUUUGUACUUUGUCUUUUUAUUUGCUUUACUGUAUUGUAAUGAAAGCUUUUUUAUAGUAAUGCUUGAUAACAUUGAGAUAUCUUAUUACUGGAAAUUAUGUUUGCUUCCUGUGAGAUAUAUCCACGUGUGGUCAUAGUCCAGUCAUGUCCUUAUAAUGUUAGCAUAUUACUUAUUUUAUUCUUUGUAUUGAUCUUUUCUUCAUCUUUAUACUAUUCUUCUCUUUAAAAGGAUGUCCGAUCUCUUCUUAAUCUCUUUGAUGUAGAUUAUAUUUUUUAAUUCUACCAGUGUACAGUAGCCAGAUUUUGAUGUGGCUUUGUAUUUGUAUACCUAAAUACGAUGUCUUAGGCUUUAUUGUAAGAGAUUUUCUAAUUUUCCAUAAUGCUUUUUUUAAAAAAACAAAACAAAAACAAACAUAUAACCAGUUCAGUCUCAAAGUGUUUUUUGGUUAUUUUCAUCAAUUUUUAAUGCGUUCUUUUUUAAUGGCAGGCAGUGUUUUCUCAUUUCUACAUAUUCACACAAAUGUAUUACUUAUGGUCAAAUUUAUUUGAAAAAUUUGAAGUGCAUUGCCAUGGAUUCUUGAUAUAUUGUAUAUUACAGUUCUCUGGUUUUCUCUAGGUCUCGAGGGUUUUACUGUUUUCACUGAGGUAACUUUCAAGUGGCUUAUUGGAUAGAUUUUCAGAUGACUUAUGAAGAGUUCAGAGUUCUUAAGUUUCUUUUGGAACUUUGACUAUCUCUCAAGUGGUCUUGUUUUCUAAUAUUCUUUGAGUAUAUUCCUUGGUAAAAGUGAAAGGAACUGUUUUGUAUUUAGUGAUAAUUUUAAAAAUUCUACUUUGACCUUAAAGGCUUCAGGUGUUGCUAUGUAAUAGGUCUCUUACUAGUCUUUUUAUGAGACUAAUUUCCACAUGCUAUUUUUUCCCCAUAAGCUAUCAUAUGCUUUCUUUUUUCUUUCAUUACCCAGAAGAAUGGCGCCAUUAUAGUGUUCAGUUUUAAGGUCUAUAAAUAGACCUCUUUUUAACUCCCACUUUUAUCUGUGAUGGUUCCCUAGUUUGAUUUAUAAUGUAGUUAUGUGUUACAUAACAAUCAUGUUGUGGUUCCUUUGUCUUUUAAUUAUUUAGGCAGUAGUGAUGUGGAUAAUGAAAUAAAAACAUCCCAGCUCAUUAAACACAGUUUGAAGUUUUCAAUUCCUUUUUUUAAAAAAUGUUUUAAUUGCAUUAAGUAAGUUCUUGCUAAUAAGUGUGCAACCCAUUCCUUUCUGUAUUGGGUAAGAAUAUAGUUAAUAUGUUAGUCUAUUUUAUAUUCUUAGCAUGGAAUUGCCUGUGUUGACAUUUCUGUAAUGGCUUAUAACAACUCCCAUGUAUUCUGAAACGUCAUGGAACCACCUUGAUAGCCUUGUGUCCAAUCAUCAUCUUCCUACCUGAGAAGGAAGUAGAAGAAAAAAAUCUACUUUAGUAGCACCUAUAUGUUCUAAACAUUCUUGAGAUAGAAAUUCAUCCUUAUUUUGCAGUCAUUGAGCAACUGUCUCGAGUGUUGUAACUGAGCUUUAAUGUACACUUCUUCCAGAGUGUCCCUUAAGCACUGUGCUAGGCUGCCUCUAUGUGUUUUUCAAGGCCCUAGACAAGUUUUACCUCUUUGAUAAAUGCUAACUUUUUUCUUCCUUGAACUUUGUGUUUAUUGGUAUACUCCCACUCCUCAUAACUUGAUGUCUUUAGUCAGGAACCCUGUUCUCUGACUUCUGUUUUACUUAUUGCUUAUUUGUAUUUCAUUCAUUUUUAGACUUUACCAUUUGAAUCAUAAUUCCUGUUUUUUUUACUUUGGUCUGUGUUUUUUGUUUGCUGCACUCAUUUUGUUUCAGAUAUAUACUGAAAAUUUCUUUACUGACAUCUUGAGGAUAUUGGCUUAAUGGAAAGAAGAUGGAAUGGUGCAAAUCAUGUGGUGUUUGAGUACCUAAGGCCUUGGUCUCAGUAGUAACAAGUCACUUCUUAUGCCUUCGUUUUUCUACUCUCAAAUGAGGUGAUACCUGGAAGUACUUUGAAAACAUUUAAUCUUAAUACAGAUUUUCUUUUAUAAGUCAUUGUGCUAUUCUUCUCUACAUCCUUAGAUUUCUUAUAACUGAGGGAUGAUAUUGGAUAUGGAUAAUUAUAUACAUUUAUAAACAUAUUUAAUAGCAUGUGAUUGUUCAUUUUAUGCUAUAUGAUCAUGUUCCUCAUGUUUACAUUUUAAGGCUAUAUUACAAGCCUAAUAAUGGACUAAGUCUCUUUUCUGAAGUAGAAGCUAAGAAAUGCUUGUGUUAAACAAUAAGAAUAAUAAAGGAGAAUGGAGAAUGAAGAGCUUGUGUGCAUAGGUAUGCAUAUAUGAUUUUUGAUGGAUGUUAUUUUGUAGUUAUGUUGGAAACAGUCAUCUUUUCAUUUGUCAGACUCCUUUUUCAGCACCUACCUAUAUAUGGAAGGUCUGGGAAUACUGAGGGUUAGUAAGACAGUAUAUUCUCUUAAGAGAAGCAAAUAAUAAGAGGUAGUGGAAACUGCUUUAUUUAGAGGAAAACCUGUGGUGGAGUAUGAACAAAAGAAAGGGUCAGAUAGAGGAGUCAGGGAAGCUUUUCUUUCUUAAUAAUGCUUGAGCUGAGUUUUGGGGGAUGGUUAGUAAAGAGUUAGUUGAUCCAGUGGAGAAGCAGAAGCCAGGCAUUAAGAUAGAGGGAUUAUUGUAUGCGAAGAUGGAAAACAUCAUGAGGUGUGUCUGGUUUCAGAAUUAUAAGAAAUAGCCUUUAGGAGGAUAGAAAUGAAGGAAAUUAAGCUGAGGAGAAGGGAUAAAUUAUCCAUGUGAAUGUAUUGGUUCCUGCAAGGAUACUGUUUGUACUUGUAAGGUUAUAGAAGUAGUUUGUCUAGGACUUGGUUUGUAUCAUAGUCAUUCACAGCCACAGAACAGCUUAUUCGUUUUUUUCCUGAACUGAACCUAAGGAGAACUCUUAACAGUGUACUUCUGCCCCUGGGGCAGCUUAAAUAAUGAGAGAAAAUUAAGACAUUGGUAGAGUGUAACUUUGAAGAUGGACAGGAUAACUCUGCAUAAGUGGAAUAUGGCAUACCUUGUGAAUACAGUUAAACACUUCAGUCAGCUGGCAGCAUCUCCCUCAGUAUAGCCAAAUGUGGCCAGUUUCUCUCUGUGUUGAUAUAUGGAUAAUUUCUGGGUGAACUUGGAAAAAAUGAAGAUAGUUAUAAGAAGGAUACUGCAUUGACAUUUUCCUGGAGUUGAGUUGUAGCAACUGUGAACCUUAUGCCAGUGGUUCUCUCCAGCAGCUCCCAAACACAUUUUGUCAACUGUUUGCUUUUUCUCCUUUCUUUCCUUGCUAUUGUUGCCCCUUUCAUGUUUUCUUCCCUAUAUUGUUUUUGUUUUUUUUCCUUUUUACCCUCCCUGUGCAGGAGGCAGUGCAGUGCAGUGGCACUCAGGGUUAAAAAGUAAAUCCUCUUUGUCACAGUGUCAUACUGAGAGAUAUUAAGAAAUUCUCUUAAGUUCCAAAGUUGUACUCUUUUUUGUUGUUGAUAUUGAUGGAGGAUCAAAGUCAUUUUCUUAGGAUUUUUACAGAAAGAUUGGCAGUUUGAUUAUCAGAAUAUAGGAAUCUUGUUUAACAGGUUUGGUGGUAUUCAGUUAAGCUUUCUUAACUGAAUAAAGUACUUUACAGAUUGGGGUAUAUCUGUAUGUAUGUUUUUCACUCUGUUCACAUAAAACAGAUGUUCUAUGUACUUUGUAUUUGUAAACAAUAAAUAGUAAAGGGUGGGGAAAGGAGAUUGCUUUGUAAAAAGAGAGUGUCUUGGUUCAAAAACUUUGCUGCUGGAUAUGGUAAAUAAAUAUUGUACUGCUUUGCUGUGUUUA